CAGGUGUGACCGCAGCGGAGCCGCCGCUAAUGACCCGCUUCUCCGGAAGCAUCGGUAACGUUACGGUGACGGUAGGACGCGACGCCGCUCUCUCCUGCACCGUGGAGGACCUGGGAGAACACAAGGUAGGCUGGAUACACCUGCAGCGUCAGAUGAUCGUAGCGGUGCACACACGCAUGAUAUCCCGCAUCUCCCGCUACUCCGUGACUCACGACUCGCACAAGACGUGGACGCUGCAUAUUAACGGCGUCACGGAGGAGGACAGUGGCUAUUAUAUGUGUCAGAUCAACACUGACCCCGCCCUGGCGCAGGUGGGGCUCCUGCAGGUCGUAGUGCCACCCAACAUCGUAGACGAGAGCAGCAGUAGCAGCGAGAUCCAGGUGCGCGAGAAGGCCAACGUGACCCUGCGCUGCGCCGCCAAGGGCAACCCUGACCCCAGGAUUAUGUGGAAGAGGGAAGACGGUGCCAUGAUCGUCACCAACACCAGAAAUCCAGAAUCUGUACAUAAUGGAGAGACGCUGUCGCUGCGGCAGGUCAGCAGGACUCACAUGGGAGCCUACCUCUGUAUAGCCUCCAACGGUGUUCCACCUUCAGUCAGCAAGAGAAUCACCUUAGACGUGGAGUUUCCCCCACAGAUCCACGUUCCCAACCAGCUGGUGGGGGUACCCACUGGUGACAACGUUACUAUAGAGUGCUUCGUCGAGGCCUUCCCCAAGGCUAUCAGCUACUGGGUACGUAAAGACAUGAUGAUUCUUAACUCGGACAAGUACCGGUCAGAGACCUUUGAGACGGUGUAUCGAAUCCACAUGAAGCUAAUCAUCUUCAACUUCUCGCGGGACGACAACACAACCUACAAGUGUGUGGCCAAGAACUCUCUGGGGGAGACCGAGGGAGACAUCAAGCUCAACGACAUAUACGGCGUGCCGGAUCCUCGAGCUGAAGUCAGCUACCCGAGGAAGGAGGUGGGGCGUUCUGCCCAGGGCAAGGAAGACUUCGACGACCCCCCUCUAGUACCCAAGACUGCCCACCCCACCAACAACGGUGUGUCCGUGGCAGACAUGACAGUGGGUGCCGGAGGGAGUUCCGCGUCAGGGCCAGACCUUUUAAAUGGCUUCCUGCUGCAGCCUCUACCGCUCUUCAUGUCCUGCCUCCUGCUGCUGUUAUACCCGUGACAUCCUCCUCCUACUACUACUACUGCUGUUACCGCUGCUCACCGCACUGUUGCUGCUGGCAAUGCGCAUUCCUAUGAAAUGAGCGACGUGGAUCAAUCACCGGCCGGUGAUACUACAAAAUUCCUUCACGUUCACUUGCGAGUGCCAGGAAUGAUGCCGUGUGGCACCCCUGUAACCUAGAGCCAGGCAACAUACAACCUAGAAAAAAGGAUCCGUGAGAGGUAUUUCAGAUAUAUGAAAGUACAUCAGAAGAGACGUAACUCAAGGGAGGGAGAGGAGAGGUGUUCCUAUACUCACACACACACACCUGCUGUAUGUAAUACCUAAGUCAGAGCACCGUUCUAACUUACACCACUCCCCGGAGAAGUGUAUAUAUAUAUAUAUGAACAUGUGUUAAGGGUGUUGACGACUGUUUCAGAUAAUUGUUAUAGUAUCUAUGCCUGCUGCUCCUGAAUCU